UGACGCGCUGUGUCGCUCGCGCGCUCUCCCCUCAGCCAUGGCGGGCGGCGCGGAGGCGGCGCGGUUGAGCGCCGAGAUCGGCCAGCGGGAGCAGGAGCUGCGCGGAUUGCGCGACCGGCUGGCCGCCGUGCUGGCGGGGGGGAGCGGUGCCGCCGCGGAGGGGAGCGGUGCCGCCUUCCCCGGCGAGCUCCCCCCUCUGCCCGCCCAGGCCUCCCUGAGCCCCGCCGACAUCCUGCGGUACAGCCGGCAGCUGGUGCUGCCCGAGCUGGGCGUGCGGGGGCAGCUGCUCCUGGCCCGCUCCUCCGUGCUCGUGGUGGGCUGCGGCGGCCUGGGCUGCCCCCUGGCCCAGUACCUGGCCGCGGCCGGCGUGGGCCGCCUAGGCCUGGUGGACCACGACGUGGUGGAGACCAGCAACCUGCACCGGCAGGUGCUGCACGGGGAGGCCCGCCGGGGGGUCCCCAAGGCCGCGUCUGCCGCGGCAGCCCUGCGGCUGCUGAACUCCGGCGUGCAGUACGUGCCCUACUGCGGCGCUCUGGACCCCCGCACAGCCCUGGAGCUGGUGCGGCAGUACGACGUCGUCGCCGACUGCUCCGACAACGUCCCCACCAGGUACUUGGUGAAUGAUGCCUGCGUCCUGGCUGGGAAGCCCCUGGUGUCCGGCAGCGCCCUCCGGCUGGAAGGGCAGCUGGUCACGUACAACUACCAGGGAGGGCCCUGCUACAGGUGCCUCUUCCCCAAGCCCCCUCCACCAGAGACGGUGACUAACUGUGCGGAUGGCGGUGUGCUGGGUGUGGUGCCGGGCAUCGUGGGCUGCAUCCAGGCCUUGGAAGUGCUGAAGAUUGCUUCGGGAAUGGGCCCCUCCUUCAGUCGGUUCAUGCUGAUGUUUGAUGCCCGCGAAGGCAGAUUUCGCAACAUUAAGUUACGACCAAAGAAACCAGACUGUGCUGUUUGCGGUGACAAUCCAACUGUCACCUGCCUUCAGGAUUAUGAGGCGUUUUGUGGUUCUUCUGCAACAGACAAGUGUAGGACUUUACACCUGUUGUCCAGUGAAGACAGGGUAUCUGUAGAGGAGUACAAAAAACUGUUGGAUGAGCAAGUUCCUCAUGUAUUGUUGGACGUUCGUCCACAGGUAGAGGUGGAUAUCUGUCGCUUGGUACAUGCUGUCCACAUUCCUUUGAGUAAAUUAGAAGAAAAAGAUGAAGAAUAUCUGGAAUAUUUAGGAAAAAGAAUUUGUGAAGAAAAGCAGAGAACUAAUGGUCAAACAUCUUUUCCUGUAUAUGUUGUUUGCAAAUUAGGAAAUGACUCCCAGAAGGCUGUAAGAAUUCUGCAGGAGUUACCUGCCAAAGAACUUGGUUCUGUGUUAGCUAAGGAUAUUAAAGGGGGGCUCAUGGCUUGGGCCAGUAAAAUUGACCCAACGUUUCCUCAGUAUUAGAAAUUUAAAUGGUGGGAAAAAAAUUACAACUUUUCGUAGUAAAUUCCAUAGGGUUUCAUCUUCUCUGUGUAAUGACUAUAUCAUGUGGAUAAAACAGGAGAUAGAAAUACCAUGUUGAUUUUUAACAAAAACAAAACCAAACCGUAUUUUUUUAGGUGUCUUAUUAUUUUUAUAAAAAUGUGCAACUAUCCAUGGGAAUUGAAAGAAAUGUGUUUCUCGGUUAUUGUUUAACAGUGAAAACCUGGAAUAACUACUUAAUUGUGCAUGUGAUAAUUGAGAAUGUCAUUCUCCAGACUACAAUUACUAAUUAGGAAUCAAAGAACAGGAGUCAAGUGUUAAAAAUUUUUACUUAUUCUCCUAACUGCCUAACAAAUUGAAACAGUGCAUGCAGUGAUUAAAAAAAUAACUAAUUGUUAAUCCCUAGCUGGUCAGUAGCACUAUGAAGCCUAUCAUAGGAAAUUGCCAAGACAGUGCUGACAGGACUGUUUCAGUCAACACCUUGUAGUUCUUUGUGUGUUUAUGAAAGAAAACUGCUCGCUGCAAAUAACAGCACCUGCAAGAAGGGUGUUCUGUUAAGAACUUUUAGGGCCGUCCGUCCUCAUUUGUUGGAUAGCAAAAAAAUUGUAUUUCCCACUUGUAUAGAGAAACCGAGGUUAAAUGUUAAUAAGAUGUAAGUUUGAGCCCGGAAAGUUUGUAAAGCAUAUAGAAAAUGCUUUUGUGAGGGCUCAGAACAUUUCAGAGAUUGGGAGAUGAAGAGCAGGUGAGAGACAAAAAAAAAGAAAGAAAUGUGGGCUCCCUUGUGCAAAUACAAAGAUAUAUUUCUUAAGCGUUCUCCCUGUUGUGGUAGUUGCAUAUCCUCAGUUGUACAGCAUUAUUUUGUUAACUGGCAUGAAGAGUUCUAAAAAGUUCUCAUAGACGAACUGAAUGAAAAGAGAAAUAAAUAGCUUGUCAACAGA